UUCGUUCCUCCUUUCACCUCUUCACGUCUCUGCUUCUUCUCUAUCUCUUACACUAAUCUACCCUUCCGAGCCUUUUCUUCUAUUUUUGCGCCAAAACUUCUUCCGCAACAGCUUCAAAUGAAGGUGCCCAUUUCGUUUUUCUACCUUUUUGUCUUGGGAUUUCCGGUAAAGACUGCAUCUUUGGGGCAAUCGGACUCACGCUCAAUUCUUCUCUCCAUCGGUUGCUAAUUUGCCUUCAAACUGCAGCUUUAUUUGAUUCAGCAGCAUCUACAGUAGUCUACAGCACAAUAUUCAAUUAAAUUACUGACCUACCGCAUUGUGGCUGCCAUUUAUCACCAGGACAAGGAUAUGGAAGCACAUUCUCCUUUGCACAUCGCAAUGUGUCCCUGGUUUGCUCUUGGCCACAUUACUUCAUUCCUCCACAUCUCGAACAAACUAGCCAAAAAAGGCCACAAAAUUUCCUUCUUCAUCCCCACCAAAACACAAUCCAAAGUAUCACAUUUCAAUCUCUUUCCACAUCUAAUAUCUUUCGUUCCCAUCACCAUUCCCCUCGUCGACGGCCUCCCUCCGGGCUCGGAGACCACUAAUGACGUGCCCAGACCUUUAAUCCCGCUCAUCAUGACUGCCAUGGAUCGUGCCGAACCCGACUUUGAAAUCCUCUUACAUGAUCUCAAACCAGACAUUGUCUUCUUUGAUUCAGCACACUGGAUUCCCAAGUUGGCCCGCCGAUUAAGCAUCAAAUCCGUGUUCUAUAUCACAGUUAGCGCAGUAGCAAUAGGUUUUAAUUUAUCUCGCAACAUGAAACUCGGCGAAAGUAAGGCAACAGACGUGGCUGAGGCAAUGCAGCCUCCUCCAGGCUUUCCUGACUCGUCCAUCAAGCGCCUUCUCCACGAAGCACGGGAUUAUAUCGACUUGAGAUCUAAACCAUUGGGCCCUACUAACAUGCGCAUUCAGGAUCGCAUCUAUGUAGGCGUACAGGAUUGUGACGCUCUAGCUUUCAAGUCUUGUCGAGAAAUUGAAGGCCCGUUUGUCGAAUAUCUCGAGAGACUGAUUUUGAAGCCCUUGCUUUUGGCAGGACCUGUUUUGCCAGUGCGACCCCUCUCUACUUUGGAAGAGAAAUGGGCUAACUGGCUAGGCGGGUUCAAGCCUUGCACCGUAGUUUAUUGUGCUUUCGGAAGUGAGACGGCAUUGAGGAAAGACCAACUCCAAGAACUGUUGUUGGGGUUGGAGCUCUCUGGAUUGCCCUUUUUGGCCGCGUUGAGACCGCCUUUGGAAGUCGCAACAUUAAAAGAAGCCUUGCCCGAAGGGUUUGAAGAGAGAGUUAGAGGAAGAGGAGUGGUUCAUGAGGGAUGGAUUCAGCAACAGCUAAUGUUGGAGCACAAAUCUGUUGGAUGCUUCGUUACGCACUGCGGUUGGGGUUCUUUGGUUGAGGGAUUGCUGAAUGGAUGCGAACUAGUUAUGAUACCACAAGUAGGCGAUCAGGUUCUCAAUGCAAGAUUGAUGGGCAACAACCUAAAGGUUGGGGUAGAAGUGGCGAAAGGUGAAGAAGAUGGGUUGUUUACAAGAGAGAGUGUGUGCAACGCUAUUAGGACUGUCAUGGAAGAAAAUUACAGUGAGGUUGGGAGAGAGAUAAGAGCCAAUCGUGCCAAGUUACAAGACCAGCUUUUCAAUAAAGAUGAGGAGUAUAUUGAUGAGUUUAGUAGGAAGCUGGUGUUGUUUCCCUAAUAUUGACAGUUUAGAAGGAAGCUCAGUCACAUACAACUAAGGUUUUUUGUUUUAUUUUAUUUGUGAAAUCUAAAUAAAUUUGUAGUUAGUUCCUCCUAAGCUUUUAAAAUUCUAUGCUUGUCCCACCUAAUAAUAUUUAACUCGAGGAACCUGCUGAAAUUGUAAUUUGAAUACUAUCUUCUCUCUCUAAUGUUUGCUUUCUGUAAGAAUAAUGA